AUAUUCCAAAUUACUUAUUUAUGAAGAGAUAUUCCGUGGAUAAAAAAGAUUUCUUAUUUUUCCAAACACUCAAGACCAUAAUGUUUAAUACAUUAUGGUCUUGAGUGACAUUGGUCCUAGACAACCUCGUCUGUGUCCUCGUGGGAUAUUUCAAUUCACAAUAAUUAUUGUGGAUGUCGCACUCGAAUGAUAAUAAUGUCGCGAUAAGAACAACCGCAUUAUGAUUCAUGUUUACAUCGUGCUCCUUCCGGAUGUUGCAUGUUUAUCAUACAAACCAGCACACCAUGAACUCGCUCGAGCUGCAUUCGUCUGCUACAUGCAUGAAAGUGCACUAGAAAAACAACCUGUUUCAAUACUUUCAAUGAACUGAAUUGAAAUGCGCUAGGCGGGUCGGUCAUCGCUUCCACGUAUGUAGUUAGUAGGUCCGGACUAGUACUAGAGAGGCGAGCGCGCGAUGCGGUGGUGUCGACGCGGGGUCGGCUCUCAACAGUCGCUCACGUUUCGACUCCGAACUUCUAGUUAGUUCACAGUAUUUUAUCGAACAAGUACCACGCGGCCUAUGUUCAUCUACAUUCGAACUUCGUCACCUGGAGUGCACUUUGCAUAUAAAUAAUUGUGGCAAUGUUGAAUGUCGUAAACUAGUGCGAGUAUGAAAAAUGUUCCGCAGUGUAUCGCACAGUUACUUGUGAUUUGGGAACGUGAGAAUACGUGAAGAGGUUUUGACAUUGUGGGAACGGUGAAGCAUGGAUGCAGUGUGCGGGCACAGCGGCGACGCCGCGUGCGAGAUGCGCGCGCUGUGCGCCGCACUGCACUGUCUGCAUUUGUACUGCGCGGCCAUUUCUACAGCGCUCAUAUGCUGCUGCGCGCCAGUUCAGAAACACUGGCAACACAAACGAUGGCGUGGGCAAAAUUUGCGCGGCGUGGCCAGCCUCGUGCUGGGGGCAGUGUGGUGCCUGGGAGCGGCCGCGGCCACGUUGCGCCGGGGCACGGUGCAACUGGUCGCGGGCCUGGCGUCGCCGCCGGCCUGGCUGGCCGCCGCCGCGCUGCACGUGGCGCUCUGGACGCGCCGCGCCGGCCCCCCCCUCCUCUACCUCGCUAUCUACUGGCUGCUCGCGGCACUUUCCUCUGCAUCCAUACUCUGGAAACUCAUCGAUGCAGGAGCUUCCUUGGAUCACACUGAACCCUACAUCCAUGGAAUUUCGAUUGUGCUAGCGUUGAUAAUAUUUGGAGUAGAUUGCGUGUGUUUUUAUGAUGAGGUCACUAAACGUUCAAGACGAAAUCAGAAACCUUCUACAGAAAAACUCAACAUUCCGUAUAAACAUAGCGAUUCUCAUUUCUAUUCAAAAAUAACAUUCUACUGGUUGAAUUCCCUGAUGUGUAAGGGUUACGAGGCUCCUUUAGAACGGGACGAUUUAGGAGAGCUCCCUGACGAUGAGAAAUCGAUAAAUUAUUAUCAUAAAUUCAAAAAAAAUUACUUUAAUCCUAAAAACAGAAAGGGGGAAACUAAAAGACCUAGUAUAUGGCGAUGUUACACGCGCAUGGUGUGGCCCAACUUUUAUAUAGCGGGCGUUUUGAAACUUAUCAGCGACUUGAUAAGCGUCGUGCCUCCUCUAGGAUUGGCAGUUAUCCUGCAAUUUAUUGAAGCACCUCUCGACACGUCUGAUGCAAACACACCAGUGACGUUUGGAGAUUUUUUCAGUAAUGGAUAUAUAAUGUUAAUAAUAGUAUCUAUGGCACUUAUUCUGCAAGCAAUUCUUUCGCAAAAUUCCACACAUUUAGUAACUGUAGAAGGGACGCGACUAAAAACUGGCUUGCAGGGCAUGUUAUUUGACAAGUGUAUGCAGCUAGCGCCGUGGUCGUCGACUGAAGCGGACGAGGAUGAGGAGUCGCCGUUGCUGCACAGCCCGGAGGAGGCCGCUUGCACCCCGGCCGGCGUGCUCACCAAUCUCGUGUCCCAGGACACAUACAACAUCAUGUCUUGUGUCUGGAUAUGUCAUUACAUCUGGGCAAUACCCUUCAAGGUGACCGUGAUACUAUACUUACUAUAUAAUAAACUGGGAAUAAGUGCUUUAAUAGGAACUGCUGUCAGUGUGUCCUUAAUAAUACCUUUGCAAUUCUAUAUCGGCAAGAAACUCUCGGAUAAUUCGAAAGAGAUAGCAAAAUGUACCGACCACAGAGUUUCUAAAAUGACUGAAAUCCUACAAGGGAUUAACGUGAUAAAACUGUACGUGUGGGAGGAUUUGUUCAAUGAAAAAAUAUUAAAUCUCAGAGAAGUGGAACUUAAGUUUUUAAAUAAAGAUUCUAUAUAUUGGAGUAUUUUAACGUUCACAACUCACGCAUCGACUAUAUUGGUUACUGUGGUAACUUUUACGAUGUACUAUUUUAUAGAAAACAGCAAAAAUUUGACUGCGGUAAACGUGUUCACUGGUUUGGCUCUAUUUAACCAGCUGACAGUGCCGCUACUUAUACUACCAGUCACCGUUUUGAUGGUAAUCCAAGCGAUGGUCAGUACAAAGAGAAUUCACGAUUUUUUGGAUCUUCCUGAGUCCAACAAUGUGAGAGAAGACAUUGAUGAAAAUCUUAAAAAGCCUGUCGAUGUUUUUAAUAACGCCUUUAUCGAUGCCAGUCCUGAAGAACCUUCAGGCGAUAACCAAAGUGAAGAUGUGAAUGAAACAGAAGAUAAGUUUUCAGAAGAGGAAAAUACUAAUUUACUAUCAGGGUACGAGUACAUUGUUAGAUUCCGAAAUGCUGCAUUUUCUUGGGGAAUGAAGAAUGAUGCGUUGUUGGAAAUUGACGAUAUAGAUAUUCCCACAGGAAAAUUGAUAAUGGUAGUCGGUGAGAGCGGUUCUGGAAAAAGCUCGUUAUUGUCUGCGAUUCUUGGCGAAAUGUAUUUGGAGCGAGGAGACGUCAACUAUCACGAGCGGUUUAGCACAUGGUACGCGGGGCAGCCUCCGUGGCUGCUGGAGACGUCGGUGCGCGACAACAUUGUGAUGAACGGCGCGUGGUGCGCGCAGAGGUACGCGCGCGUGCUGCGCGCGACCGGUUUGCGCCCGGACCUGCAACUUUUACCCAAUGGUGACGAUACACACCUGGGCAGUCACGGUGCUCCUCUGUCCGGCGGGCAGCGAGUGCGCGUAUGUUUGGCGCGCGCGCUUUACUCCAACGCUCGGGUGCUGGCGCUAGACGAGCCGCUCGCCGCGCUCGAUGCGGCACUCGCGCGUCAUGUGGUUGCUCGCGCGCUCGUGCCCGCUGCCCGUUCCGGACGAACGGUGCUUGUUGCUACCAACAGAUUAGAGUUGAUGCAUUAUGCUGAUUUGAUAAUAGCAAUGGAAGACGGACGUGUGUGCGGCAUGGGGCGCGCCGUUUCGUGCGCCGGGGAAGGCGCAUUGAGCCGCUGGGCGCAGAUGGCGGGGUCUGCACGGGCGGCGGCGGCCCGGUGCGGUGCCGGCCCACCCGGGGGCUCCGCCAGGGAACGUGAUCGGCUGCGCCGCGCGCUCACCAGGUCCAAGUUCCAGCGGUCCAAUUCUGAUGACUUAACGUUGGGAAUCAGCGAGACCGCGGGCGCGCACUUGUUCGCGGAGGUGCCGGCGCGCGUCACUGGCAGUUGGCGGCGUGCGCGGCGCGUGUGUCUGCGCACUCCACUCACGCGCCAGCUAUCUUCACCGCCGCCGUCUAUGCAACACUACAAAUGGCGACGCGAUGUACGGCGCGCGGUGAGUGCGGACGCAAGCGAUGCGACGCUGCGCAGGGAGGCCAGCCUGCUCAGGCGACUGUUCAGACCACGCCCACACCGCACGCUCGCCCGGUGGACCCCGCGCACUUUACGCCGUCUCUUGAGUAACGAGUCUGACGCGCAUAACGAAGAAAUGCAGAACAAUGAAAUAGCUGAUGACUCAGCAGUUGAAUCAGCGUACACUUCAAUCACAUCGAAUGGCGUCGAGACCACCAUAGCACAUAAUGCCAACUCCACACAUGACAAAGAAGACAUUGAAAAUGAAAUCAGGGAGUUGUCAGUAGGGUGGGAAUACGGACGAGCCUGCCGGUGGUGGGGCAUCGCGUUCUGGCUGGCGGCGGGCGCGUCGCAAACGUUGGCGUUGGCGGCCGACUACUGGCUCACGCGCACCGUCGCUGAUAAUGCGCGCGCGCCGCUUGAUGACCAAGAGAUGUGGCGAAGAGUACAAACCUACUGCUUUUGGAACGGAGCAUGCGCGUGUUUGGGGGGAGCUGCGCAAGCGGCGGGUGCGGCGGCGGGGGCGCGCGCGCGGCGUGCGUUGCACGAACGGUUGCUGCAUGCCACGCUGCACGCGCCGCUGCGGCACCAUCACGCCGAGCCCGCCAACCAACAACUACAUAGAUUUUCCGCUGAUAUACACACUAUUGACAAGAGACUCCCGAUAGCUAUCUCUCGCUGGGCGCAGCUGGCGCUGCUGUGCGGCGCAGCCAUGGUGGUCAACGCGAUCGUGGCGCCGUGGAGUCUGCUCGCCUUGUUGCCCGCCCUGUUCCUGUACCUCGUCCUGCAGACCGUCUACCUUUCCAAUGCUAGAGAACUGCAGCGCGUGGAGGCUCAAAGCGCAUCGCGGGUGGUGAGCGUGGCGGCGGAGGCGAGCGCGGGGGGGGCGAGUGUGCGCGCGGGGGCGCUGCAGCCGCACAUGCGCGGCGCCUUCCAGCGGCGCCUCGACCACAACCACAACGCGCUGCUGCUGCUCAACGCUGCCAAUCGCUGGCUCGGCCUCGCUAUGGAUUUGGUCGGCGCUUGCAGCGUAAGUGUAUCGUUGUGCGUGGCGGUGUGGGGCGGCAGUGGCGCAGCGACAGCCGGACUUGCAGGCGCCUACUCCCUGCUGCUGCCAGCUUACUUGGCACAUCUCGCCAAGUGUCGUGCCGAUUUGCAUCUGCAACUAGCGGCCGUUGAGCGUGUGCGCGACGCUAGCAAUGUGCCACAAGAGGACUAUAGAGAAGACUGCCCCUUACCGUCUGGUUGGCAAAGAAAUGGGAAGAUAGAUUUCGAGAGUGUCAGCAUCCAAUAUGAGCCUGGAAUGCAGCCUAUUCUUCGUAACGUGGACUUUUCCAUAGCUCCAGGUCAAAAGAUAGCAAUUUGCGGCAGGAGCGGCAGCGGCAAGUCUUCGCUGCUGCUGUCCUGCGCCGGGGCCACCAUCAUCAGCAGCGGCCGCGUCUUCAUCGACGACCAGGACUCCACGCGCGUGCCACUGCGCACGCUCCGACACCGCGUGGUGGUCCUGCCGCAAGAGGCCACCAUGUUCUCCGGUACUUUGAGAGAAAACCUGGACCCUCUCGCUGUACAUACUGAUGAAGAAAUAUGGCAGAGCCUCAGAACUGUUGGACUGUUCGAGUUUGUUUCCGCUCAGCCAGCAGGAUUAGAAUGCAGCGUGGGCAAGCCGCGUUGCGGGUGGAGCGGAGGCCGAGCGGCGCGGUUGUGCGGCGCACGCGCAGCGCUGCACGCGGGCCCGGCCGCCGCGCUGCUGCUGGACGAGCCCGCCGCCGCGCUCGACGCGCACGCCGAGCGCGCACUGCUGGCCGCGCUCGCUGCUGCCGCGCCCCACACCACCAUACUUACAGUCGCGCAUCGAAUAGCCUCUAUUCGUAAUUACGACCGGGCGGUAGUGCUGGAAGACGGGCACAUAGUGGAGCAGGGCGAGGUGUCGGCGCUACUCGCACAACCGAGCUCCCGGCUCGCGCGCAUGCUCGCCGCGCACCACACCUAGCGGCCGUCCCCGACAACGGUUACACCUCCACGGUUACUCGAUGAGACACAAUAAGUUUAAGCUGUAAGUGGGAUCUAAGAGUGUGAUGGCAUCGAAAUAUGCCCUAUCCAAUUUGGCGUAGUAAUCCCGCUCUAAUGAAUAGGGCGCUCUGUUAGCACGUUUCGUUUUGCAUUGCAUGAUAUAGCAUUGAUUUUCUUUACAGCGAUAUGGGUACCUAUUAAGUAAAAAAUAACGUACAGAAAUUAUAGCACUAUUCUUAGCAUAAUUACCAUGUAUAGGGGUAAAUUGGUAUACGUACCUGUAAGAAUUAUAGGAGACUUGACGUAACAUUGGCAUCCUUUUAUAUCUAUACAAUAUAAUUAAGAAGUUAUAAAACUUGUAUGUCUACCUAUGCUUGUAAUAAUAGUAUUGACGAAGGUAAGUAUGUGUAUUGAAAUUGUAUAAAAAAGUAAGCGUUACUUAGUUUUCGUACCUAGUAUAAGUACCUACAUUUGCGGAAGAAACCCCUAAUAAUUGUGGUUGGCUAAAAUAUUUAAGCAUGUUGUUGUGUUAUAUAAAGGUUUGUUCGCUCAUUAUGACUUGCAAUUGUUUAGAUUAUUAUCUGGGGAUUAUCGAUUUGAAUCAUAAAUUGCGUUGAAAGUGACUGUAUCUGUAGUUAUCUCUAUUUAUUUAAUUUUUAAUACGUAGACUGCGUUUGCACUUCAAUUUAAUAUUUGAUUAAAUACUAAUGAUAAUAAAAUAAUUUAUUUAAGUAACAGACAAAUAAGAUUGCCUAUUUCCAGUCUAAAUGAAUGUGUUCAUAAGAUUAAUAAUGACAUCACGGUUAAGUUUUAAAUAAAUACAUUGAGUAGUUGAACUCUUA